CCCCGGCCACCUGCCGGGGAACCUGUGCGGGUUGUCGCUGUCGGGUCGUUCCGGGGCGGGACGCGAUGGAAGAUCCGUCGGGGACUCGCGAGCCCAGGACGCGGCCGAGAGACCCAAACAGGCCCCCGCGCCCAGACCGAGACCGGCGCCCCGAGCGACAGCAGGACCGGCACCCCGAGCGGCCGCGGGACGGAGCGGGGGACCGGCGCCGGGAGAAGAGGGGCGGCGAGCGGAGGGACCGGGAGCGGGAGCGGGAGCGGGAGCGGGAUCCCCACCAGGACAGACGCAGGGCCGGGGACUACCGCCAUGGGGAGCAAAGAGUUUUGGAGAAACCCCGCCAGAGCCGGACGAGGAACGGAGCCCGGAGGCCCACCUGGGACGCGGCCCCGCCCCCCUGGCCCGCGCCCUGGGAAACCCCGGAGUCGCCGCCCUACAGGAAGGAGGGCUCAGGGCACCGCGGACCGGAAAGUUACAGUGAACCCACUUCGGGGCUGUAUCUGCCCUCGAACCCGAGGCCUGCACGGGAGGAUGUGGAAUACUACCAGUCAGAGGCUGAAGGACUCCUGGACUGCCACAAAUGCAAAUACUUGUGCACGGGGAGAGCCUGCUGCCAAAUGCUGGAGGUUCUCCUGAACUUGCUGAUCCUGGCCUGCAGCUCUGUGUCUUACAGCUCCACGGGGGGCUACACGGGCAUCGCCAGCCUGGGGGGCAUUUACUAUUACCAGUUCGGCGGGGCUUACAGCGGUUUCGAUGGUGCUGACGGGGAGAGAGCGCAGCAGCUGGACAUCCAGUUCUACCAGCUCAAGCUGCCCACGGUCAGGGCGGCCAUGGCCUACGGCGGAGCCCUCACGGCCUUCUGCUGCCUCCUCGUCGUCCUGGGUGCCCUGCGGGUCCCGUGGCAUUUCCCGCCGUGGCUGCUGCUCGAAGGCUCGCUGGACGUGCUCAUCGCCGGGGCGUACGUGCCCGCCCUGUACUUUUACUUCCACGCGCUGUCGGCAGCCUACGCCUCUCCCGUGUGCCGGGAGCGGGAGGCGCUGUACGAGAGCAAAGGCUACCGCGGCUUCAGCUGCACCUUCCACGGGGGAGAUGUGGGCGCGGGCAUCUUCGCCGCCCUGGGCAUCGGGGUCUUCGCCGUGGGGGCCGUGCUGGCCUUCAGGGGUUACCGCAAGGUCAGGAAGCUCCAGGAGAAGCCUGCAGAGAUGUUAGGCUUUUAGGCUUUUACAAACGUUCUGCCAGAUGUAAGGGGAAGCGAGUUCUUCCGAAUCGUGGUCUUCCCGGGACCGUGCUGCAGAACUUACCAAGGCUUGAAAAGGAACGGGCCAAGUCCGGCAUUCUGGGCGCAGCUCGGGUUGUUCUCUGACGUCCUAAGCCUGGUUCAGUCCUCCGUUGGUGAGGGACUAACCAAAAUUCUUUUUCAAACAAAACCUGGAGCCCGAGACCCCGUCCCCAAGAAAAGCAUGGGCUGCAGCGACGUGCACUUCUUGAUGAAAUAAAGGGAGGUAACGAGUGCAUUUGAAGAAUCUUACCUUCAGUGUUCAAGAGAGGCCGCACAGACACAAGACAUGUCCGCCUGAACGUGUCCAGGCAUGGCUGUCUUCAGCAGACCGGCCCCCGUGUUUUCCACGCUGAACUCCACAGACUUCACUCCCUUCACGCUCUGGGUGCGGGGCUGGGAUUGCUAGGAGGCUCCUGUGAAGUUUAAGUUGGAGCUAGGCGUGGGCUGAGGAAGCAGGAAUCAGAUUAAUUCGCUGCAAAGAAGCUAUUCUCCAAAGCCCCUUACCGCGGCUCUGAAAGCUCAAUAAGUGUUUUGUACCUCUUACAAAUGUGCCAUUGUACGGGGACUAGGACCCGGCAUCUGGAAUUUCAGGAUCCAUGCAGAAUUAAAGAAUGUAAACUUUUCCUCAAAAGAAGACUGCUACUUAUGGCCAGGCGACCUCCUGGGUUCUUAUUACAUGUUAAAUGAUGACUUCUAGAACACGACAAUAUAUUCUUGGUGCAACUGAAUAUGUCAUUUGCUUUAUUUGAAUCUAAUAAAAAAAAAUCCAAAGAAUUUUU